CACGAUUCGCAUUCGGACGGGCAAAAUGAACGAUGCGUUGGCUGUCGUUGUCAAUCAAGUCGGGAUUCCACUCCUCGUCCGUCCGUACGGUCAAGCCCAAGUCCCUGCGACUGCUGCCAUUGGAAUCGUCAAUGCCAUCUUUGACGCUGCGUUGGGCUCCAACAAGCACGUUGCGUUCCUGGAGACGAUGCAAUACCGCGUGGCGUAUCGACACACAGACGACGGAUGGCUCUUGACGCUCUUCAACUCCGAGCUCCUUCCAAGGCAACAGAGCAGCCAAACGCUACAGUGGAUCGAUCGGAUGUUGCAUCUCGUCCUUCGCCCUUCGCUGUUUGCAUCCACGGAUGCUGGAUCGCAAAAGUUUGAGGUCACUAGGCACAUUGCGUUCUUGGAUUACAUCAUGACUCAUCAAUCGGACCUUGAAUUGGCGGUGGGCAUUCCGCUAAUCGCUUCCUCGAUCGACCAAGCGUUGGACAUGAUGAGCAUCGGCGUGGCGUGGGCUGGUCCAAUGUACAUUGUUAGCGACGGAGCCAUCCUGUUGGACAACGACAACAAUGUCGACAACUCUUUCGACAGCUGGCUCCUCGUGCUCUUGGUCAUCGCCGCGGAGCUCCUUCUCGAGCAGCCUGCAAAACCAACGCUCCAGUUCCCCGUCUAUAUCAACAUGAUACCCCAUCAGAUGAUGGUAGUCCAAGUUCCUUCGAGCACGCACCUCGUCUGGUUUGGUUUGACUAGCGGAGACGUCAGGAUCUCUGGCGAGGACGUGCACAAGAAGCUGAUCGAGUGGCACCGACGGGCAUGCUCCCUCUUGCCGACAUUGUGGAACCUGCCACCAGCAACGAGUGAGCAGUGGCCAGCUCUACUCGGGUACUGCCUAUUUCGCCAAAGCCCAUCGCCACGAUGCUCCGCCACAGUGGCCAUCAAAUCAACGGCUGUACCAUCAGCAACGCCACCUCAGCUCAAGACCUCUCUGCUUUGUCCAACACCUCAGGACAUUUACACCCUGUUGGGCCAUGGCAUCCUCCGCCUUUGCCACACAACCCCGUCUUCCACGACGAAUCAAGACAACCUACUCGUCUUGGGGAAUAACCUGGUCGUGCUAUACGCAGUUCGGCCACCCGUUCACAUCGUUGCCGUUCUCACCGGCCCAGUGGAACUUUCUGCUGCGAUCAAAGUAGCCGAUUAUCUGGCCCAAAUUGCGUGUUCUGGAUAACGAAUCGUGCUUGCAAUGGAUUAUUCCAGCGACGGCAUGUCUUCGAAUUCGUGCUCGAGCUCUUGUUGCAGCUCCGACGCUUGUUUUUUCUUGUUGACAGCAACC